AUGAAAAAGUGGCUUGAAUAUUUGUUGAUUAUAUUUUUUUCAUGUUUGAUUUCGGUUGGGAUCAUCACGGGGGUUUUGUAUGGCGCAUACGAUAAAGAUGUCGAAGAGAAAAUCUACAGUAUUGUUUCCGACUCUUUUGACAAGACAACAACGACGGAGCAUUCCUCAGUAACUGCAACAACCCAAUCGAGUACAAGCUCAACACAAAGACCAACAACAUCGACGAUUUCUUCAACAACGACAACGAAGACAACUCAAGCUACUCAAACAAGCUCUUCACAAACCACAUUGUCUACAGAGGCUCCUGAUGAAACAAAUUGGUACACUGUUGAUUUCGGCCCUCUCGGAAAGAUACAGGGCUAUCGACAUGAAAUCAACGAGGAAGUCGUCGUUCUUCGGGGUGUUCCUUACGCAAAACCUCCAGUAGGGGAACGUCGUUGGAUGGCGCCAGAAAUCGAAAGGGAUUUGAAAAACUAUGAGCGGUUUGAUUCAGUUGAAGGGGUUUAUAAAGCGAAGGAAGCAUCGCAAAGAUGCAUUCAAGGUUUUACGUCUGGCGAGAGGCUGACUGAAGACUGUCUCUAUCUCGAUAUUCAUGCUCCUAUUGAGGCGAUCGAAAGUGGUAGAAAACUCAGUGUUCUGAUUUAUUUUCAUGGCGGGGCAUUUUUCUUUGGCAGCAAUACUAUUGCAGUCACGCCUGAAAAGGGGGCUUUUAUUGCGGCUACUCAAGAUGUCAUCGUUAUCUCCGUUAAUUAUCGACUUGGCGCCUUUGGUUUCAUGUUUUCAGAAGCUCUUCAGAAAAAACUAGCCGACGAACAUGGAGUGCAAUACAGCGAUAAACCAGUUUCUGGAAACCAAGGACUGAUGGAUCAACAAAUGGCGAUGAUAUGGGUUGCAGAAAACGCCAAAUACUUUGGUGGAAAUGAAAAUGAUAUCACAAUCGGCGGGAUGAGCGCUGGAGGACAAAGUGUUCAUGCACAUAUGGUGAUGGAAUCGAGUAAGAAUUUCUUCCACAAGGCUAUUGCUUUCUCUGGCCCUCAGGGGCUACCGUAUUAUAAUGCUGAUGAGGGAGAAUUGAUCACGGAAGGGAUCGCGAAUCUUGUCGAAUGCUGCGAUGAUCCUUUGGCACCUAGCAUUUCCCCUAGGUGUAGAAACAAAAUUGACGAAGACACUGUCGCUUGCAUGAAAAACAAGACAGCAGAAGAGAUCAACAAAGCAGCCUGGACGCUUCAACAGUUUCUACCGAUCGGGAACUUUGACCGACUAACGAUGAUUGCAGAGCCUUACUCGCCGAUAAUCAACACAGGAAUGCUCGAGGAAAUGCCCUUUUACUCAUUCUCAAAGGGAGAAAUCCACGACAAGCCUCUGAUCAUCGAUGUUUCCAACAACGAAGGAGCAUUUUUCAUCAAUUUGAUGAUGUGGGGAGUUCAAUGCGAAGAACCUGGAAUUACUGUCUGUGAGACAAAUUGGAAUUGGCUGCUUGACCAUUUGCUCGAAGAGGAUGAUUUGAAGAAAGUAAAGGAUGCUGGUUUUUACAACUGCCCCGACGAUCCAAAAGAAGAGUGUCUUCCUCAAGCAGAUAAAUUUUUAACUGAUUUCACAUGGUACUGCAAUAUGAACAGAUGCAUGACAGAUGGAUUCCCUGCUUCGGAGAGAAAAUUCAAACGAAGAAAUAGCGAGAUAUUCCUUUCUCUGACUACUCAAGUUUUGCCCUGGCAGCAAGUUGUUCAUCAUGGUUCAGCAGAAUACUGGUUUUUCUCAAGAAUAACGGAAACUGAUGAUAGCGACGAAGAUGAUCAAGAUUUUCAGAAAGCCUAUCAAAAUUAUAUCGGCAACUUUAUUAGAACGGGAAGUCCGAAUGAUGGAACCGAAGCAGUUCAAUGGGAAAGCUGGCUGAAAAAUAACGAGUGGUUUGACUCAGGCGAUAAAAAUUCCUACAAAUUCGCCAUGCAAGAAAAUGAUCCACGUGAUCCCCGCUGCGACCUCCUUGACGAGCUCAAUCUGUACAUGACCAUUUGA